AUGAAUACUAUUACUACUACUACUACAGCUGAUACAACAGCUUCAUCAUCAUCAAGUACAACAACAUCUACAACAACAACUACAUCAACAACAACAAAUGGACCAUUAAGUAACUAUCACAUUGAAUCUGGGGGAUUGUUCACAAUCAAAGAGUACAACACUCUAUCAAUCUUGUGUGAUACAUUGAUACCAAAGGAUACUGUAUCCGAUGAGUUCUUGGAACAACUACAACUCAAGGAUGAACAGUCAAUCCAAAAAUUCAGAGAGUUCUUUGCUCGCUCUGCCAAUGAAAUGGACUUGGCAACACAGUUCUUAAAGUUGAUCUCUGGAACAAAGAGCAAUGAUCAGAUUAAGGACUUGAAGACCUUGCUCUAUUUGUUCUCAUCUCCAGCUGGAAUCAUACUCACUGGCACUCUGACUAGCUUUGUUAAUCUGCCAUUGGAGAGAAGACAAAAGUUGUUUGCUGGACUCAAGACAUCGUCCAAUCCUAUCAGACGCCAGGCGUUCAAGGCCAUCGCACCACUCACCUUCUCAUUGUUCUUCACAGUACUCAAUCAACAGACCGGUCUCAAUCCAAACUGGGACGUCGUCAACUACCAACUUCCACCACCCCUCGAGCAUCUGCCGGACGCUGACCGCGAGAGCCUCAGCUUCAUCAACAUCAACAGUGAGCGCUCGCUAAAGACUGACGUGGUGAUUGUCGGCAGUGGAGCAGGUGGUGGCAUCACCGCCGCCAUGCUCUCGGCCGCCGGCUACAAGGUGAUCGUCUUGGAGAAGGGCAGCUAUGUGUCACCGAGCGAGAUGACCUGGAAAGAGGCCGAGGCCUUCCCGCUGAUGUACGAGCAGGGUGGAGCAAUGACCACCGACGAUCUUGGUAUGAAUAUCUUUGCCGGCAGCUGUCUGGGCGGUGGUACCACAGUCAAUUGGGCGGCAUCCAUUAGAACACCAGAGCCUGUGUUGGAAGAAUGGCGACGCGAUUGUCCAAACACCUAUGGAGAUGUAUAUAAGCAGGCGUUGGAUAGUGUCUGCCAACGACUCAGUGUAAACGUAGACAGUGCACACAACGUCGCCAACACUGACCUCAAGAAGGCACUUGAGGACUUGGGCAUGGACUGUUCAAUCAUCCCUCGUAACGUAAAGGACUGUGACACAACACAAUGUGGCUACUGUUCAAUGGGAUGUCGAUCAAAGUCCAAACAAAGUUCGAUGGUAUCAUACUUGGAGGAUGCAUGCUCAAAGGGUGCACAGAUCAUUACAAACUGCUUCGCAGAGCAUAUAACAACGGUUAACACUCCAAAGGGACCAUGUGCACAUGGUGUGGUGGCAAGUGUCGUCCAUCCAGAUGGCAUGAAGUUCAGAGUGUUCAUAAAGGCAUCGAUUGUGAUUGCCUCGGCAGGUGCCAUCCACACACCCGCAUUGCUCCUGCGCAGUGGCCUGCGCAAUCCAAUGAUUGGCAAGAGACUGCAUCUUCACCCCGUCGUCCCCGUACUUGGAGUAUUUGACAAAGAGGUCGAGGUGUGGAAGGGUGUGCCAAUGUCAGUGAUCAGCAAGCAAUAUGUAAAUAAGAAUGGUGAUGGUGCGAUCAUUGAGGUGCCAAGUGCACACCUUGGAGUAGCGGCCUCACUGGGCAGCUUCCUCUAUCAAGACUCCAAGAGUGCUCGCGAGAAGCUACUCACACUUGGCAAUUGGAACUGCUUCAUCAGCAUCCUCCGCGACAGACAUCCCGGCCAGAUCAAGCUGGACAAGGAUGGACGCACACCAAGAAUCAAAUACACCGUCAACGACGAGGAUUGGAAGGGAUUCCUGCCAAGUCUCGAAGGAUCAAUCCGAGCAAUGGUCGAAGCUGGUGCCAAACAAGUUGGUAUCCCUCUGGCAGGUUCUCAAUUGUACGAUCGUGACAAUAUGGAAGAACUUAUCAAGUUGGUCAAAGGUCUAAAGUAUAAGACCAACAUGGUGACAGUAUUCUCUGCACAUCAGAUGGGAAGUUGUAGAAUGGGAUCGAACCGUAGCAACUCUGUGGUGAGAGAGACUGGUGAGAGUUGGGACUUUUCAAGAUUGUUUGUUGCCGAUGGUUCAGUAUUGCCAUCAGCAGUUGGUGUCAAUCCAAUGGUGACAAUCUAUUCUACAGCCUACAUGAUUGCAAACUCUAUAAUGGCAUUGUAUCCCGUCAGCAGUCUAGAACUUGAACGAGCUGCUUAA